UUCCUGAGACUUGUUCGAACACCACGUCUGCAGCUGCGUGAAACGGGGAGAGGAACAAGCAUCCAAAUUAUUUGUCGAAAAGUUAAAAACGAUUAGAAACUAACUACGAAGGAAUAGCUCACUCGCUGUGGAGCGGCGAUUAUGAAAACACAAAGUUGUCAGUUGCAAAAUAUGGAAUGAGCCUCAGCUGUUGAAAAAAAUAUUUAUCUGCUUCUCCCAAAAUUCAUAACUAAUCUCGUAAUUUAGGCUAUUGUUUUUGUAAACAAGAAAGAAAUGCGCGGAUGUAACAAAUGCAAAGUAGAGUAGACAUCUUUUUCUGUUAUUUUAAUUUAACAAUUUGUUUCCCCAAUCGGUCGUUGCUUCGUGGUAAGAGUGUUGUUCUUCAGACUUUUUUUUAGGGAAUUUCACAAUAGGCCUAUAAUGUUUUGACACAAAGAAAGAAAACAGACAAAAGUGUACAGAUUAUAAAGAGGUCAUUUGAACAAUUUCGCCGGUUGACGUUUCGGGGAGAUGGCACUCAGAUUAAGGCCGCUUGUUCAACUGCUGCUCCUGUUGGCAUGGAACUUCAGCGCGCUUCGAGCAACACCACGAGAAGUGAAGCCAGAGGUCUGGCUGCAGCAGUAUGGCUACCUACCUCCAGGUGACCUGCGGACGCACACGGCCCGCUCUCCUCAGUCCAUCACCUCGGCCAUCUCUGCCAUGCAGAGGUUCUACGGUCUCACCAUCACAGGCUCCAUCGACCCCAACACCGUGAAAGCCAUGAGCAGACCACGCUGUGGCGUUCCAGACAAGUUUGGCACCGAGCUGAAAACCAACCUGAGGAAGAAGCGCUUUGCCAUCCAGGGCCUGAAGUGGGAGAAGAGAGACAUCACCUUCUCUAUACAGAACUACACUCCUAAGGUAGGGGAGUAUGAGACCCAUGAGGCUAUCAGGAAGGCCUUCAAGGUCUGGGAGAGCGUCACUCCUCUGCGCUUCCGUGAGAUUCCCUACAGCUACAUACGGGACAAGGUGGAGGAGUUCGCUGACAUCAUGCUCUUCUUCGCUGAUGGUUUCCACGGUGACAGCAGUCCCUUUGACGGCGAGGGCGGGUUCUUGGCCCAUGCUUACUUUCCCGGUAACGGUAUUGGUGGAGACACCCACUUUGAUGCCGCAGAGCCGUGGACUGUAGGCAACCAGGAUCUGUUGGGUAAUGACGUCUUCCUGGUGUCAGUCCAUGAGCUGGGCCACGCCCUGGGGCUGGAACACUCCAACGACCCCUCGGCCAUCAUGGCACCAUUCUACCAGUGGAUGGACACGGAUAACUUCCAGCUGCCGGAGGACGAUCGCCGGGGCGUACAGCAGCUCUAUGGGUCAGGAUCUGGUCCUCGCCCCCCGCCCCCUGUGACACCCCACACGCCCUAUGACACACCAGGGCCCACACACAGACCUGGGAUCCCACGCUUUGGCCCCAAUGUCUGCGAGGGCCACUUUGACACGAUAGCCAUCCUCAGAGGAGAAAUGUUUGUCUUCAAGGAUAAGUGGUUUUGGCGAGUCCGUAACAAUCGAGUGUUAGAAGGAUACCCAAUGCCUAUUGGCCAUUUCUGGAGAGGCCUGCCUUCGAAUAUCAAUGCCGCUUUUGAAAGGGAUGAUGGAAAAUUUGUAUUUUUCAAAGGAGACAAGUACUGGGUGUUCACUGAAUCCAACCUGGAGUCGGGCUAUCCUAAGACUAUAAAGGAAAUGGGCUCAGGUCUGCCCAGAGACAGACUGGAUGCUGCCCUGUUCUACACCCCCACUGGACAGACAUACUACUUCAGAGCAAACAAGUAUUACCGCUUCAAUGAGGACACACGCUCUGUGGAUCCUGAAUACCCCAAACCCAUCAGUGUAUGGCAGGGAGUCCCUGACAACAUUAAAGCUGCCUUCAUGAGCAGGGAUCAAGGACACACCUACUUCUACAAAGCCAACAAGUACUGGAAGUUCAACAAUCAGAUGUUGAGGGUGGAGCCGGGCUACCCCAAGUCGGCCCUCCGAGACUGGAUGGGCUGUCCCGAGGAGGACCCCAAGACCGACGGCAAGGGACCCGGAGGCCCCGACAGGGACCGUGACGACAAAGACAGGGAGAAGGACGAGAAGAACGAGGUGGACGAGGUGGAACGUGAGACUGAGGUGAUCAUAAUCGAGAUGGAGGACGAUGGGGGAAUGGCUGUGGGCGGGGCGGCGGCGGUGGUGAUUCCUCUCAUGCUGCUGGUGUGUGUGGUCCUCACCCUGGGGGCCCUGCUCUUCUUCAGGAGGUACGGGACGCCCCGCCGCCUGCUGUACUGCCAGCGCUCCCUACUGGACAAAGUGUAGAGCAGGACGGGUGGGGGAGGAGAGAAGAGGGGAAGGUGAGGGGAGACAGUGAAAGAAGAGAGGAGAAAGGUUUCAAGAGAGAGGAGAGUGAGAGGAGAAAGACAGGGGGUGAAAAAGGGAAAAUGAGAGAGAGAGCUGGAGGGAUGAACUAGAGCAAGACUCUACUUGAUAAGACAUUCCUACCACUGCCAAACUAAACACAGAUUCCUUUUGCUCUUUCUCUCCCAGUCAGUAGCUUAAUCUCAGUUCCUUUGUCUUUUCUCUACUUUGCAUCUCUCUCUCUCUCUCGUUGUGGUUGCUGACGCCAGCUCAUUGCUGUUUGGUUAGUCUUACUAAAUGUUUUUUUUUUAGAUGUUCUAGAUCAGUGUUUGUGUCCCUGUGAAUUUCCGCUUCGAUUCCAGCAUCUGAUCAUGUUCUGCUUCUUGAUAGUUGUUGAUGCUAGAUGAUGUCUUACUGUCGGUCUUAUAUCACCACAUGCAAACAAACUAAAAAACAAGUACACACAAACACUGAUACACACAAUCACUUUUUACCCUACAUUCACUAGAACAAUGUCAAACAUUUCAACUUCAGUGAGCCAGUAUCUAACACAAAGUUUAUUUGAAGCAUGAUGCAGUAAUCUCACAAAUUUGAGAGUUGAGCAAUUUGUCUUUAACAUUCUUUUAUAUUAAACUUUUUUUAGUAACAGUUAUUAUUAUGAUGAAUGGUGUUGUCAUUAUUAUUGUGACUAUUACUAUUGUUAUUGUUGUUCUCCAUGUAUAGAAUGUGUUUUAUUGUACAUUGUCAUUAAAUGUCCUGCUGGACAGGGAACUGCAUUUUGAAAAUGGCCUUAAUUUUAUAUUUGACUUGGGGAAAGUGAAUGGGACGGGGAUAUAUUAUUUUGAAACUUGAUUGUUUUUAUUCCAUCUCAAAUGAAAUAAAUUAAAGAUAUUGAAAAUGACUCCUUUUGUCAUUGCACUUGUUUACAGUUCUCAUUCUCAAAUCAUGGUGCUGUGUUCUUUUCAGGGAGGAGGGGGUUUCCUGUAGUUCAGAACAAUAAUAAUAUUAAUGAUGAUGAUAAUAAUGGUAACUAUCUAAACAAUUUCGAUGAGAUUGUGAUGUCUGUCUUUUCCAGUUUUAUAUUGAAAAUAAAACAUUUUGAAAGA